AUGGACGUGUUCAUUGGUCCGGCAGUGGCCUCGGAUGCUCAAGACAUCGUGGAUUAUGCCAAUGAAACGGGUGGUGAAACCGACUUCUAUAGCUUUGGAGCCGAUGGAUAUCCAAUGACGGUCGUGGAACAAGUGAAAGAGAUCCAGGACUUGGAGCGAACGAAGAGCAUUAUCUUAGUUGGGCGAGACUCAAACACAAUGAAGAUGGUGUGUUGGGGAACUUGUCAUUGUCAAGGCUUAAGAUCCUCCCAUGUCUAUGACCUUGGCAUCUCGGUUCGAAAGUCACAUUGGAGUCGAGGAAUUGGGUCCUUGAUGAUGAAUAUGCUUAUUGAGACCUGCCGUCUGAAGGGCGUUAAGAAAAUCAGCCUGACUGUGACUGCCGAUAACUCCAAAGCCAUUGGUUUAUACGAAAGAAAGGGCUUUGUCUUCGAAGGUCGGCGGGUGCGCCACUCACGCAUUGGUGACGAAUUCAAGGAUAUCAUAGACAUGGCAUUAUUUCUAGAAUAG